AAGACAUGUCCAAGGGUUCAGAAGAGAGUGCUAACGAGUCGAAAGAUCACAACUGUGAUGAAGUAGCGGAACUAACUGGUCAUGGACGAUACCAUCAGUUCUUGCUGGUCACUUGUUGCAUCAUCAGCAAUGGCGUGGCGUUGGACAUGUUCGGCUUCAGCCUCGUGGUGACAGCGGCCUCCUGCGACCUGCAGCUUGAUAUCACACAGAUUGGAAUACUGGCUUCAGCACCGUUUGCAGGAGUUCUUUUCGCAUUUCCGUGGGGUUACUACGCGGACACCUGCGGUAGGAGAUGCGCGCUACUGCUGUCCACGAGCGUCGGCUUCACAUUUUCUGCUCUAAGCAGCUUCGCGACCAACUGGCAGAUGAUGGUCGCAUUCAAAAUUAUCGGAUGCAGUUUUUCAUCAUCUUCCUUAACCUUGGUGAUGACGUACUUGGGGGAGAACAUUGGCCGCGCGCAUCGUAGCAGAUAUCUCUUCAUCAUGAACAGCAUGAAUUUGGCAUCAGAGAUCGUGUCAUUCGGUCUUGCACUAUUCAUCUUGCCACUAACCUUCAGCUGGCCAGUACCAUGGCUCUCAAUAACCUUGCGUGCGUGGAGGUUGUUUACACUAGUUAUUGCUGUUCCCCUCGGAGUUGGUGCAGUGUUACUGUGUUACCUGUAUGAAAGUCCAACAUUUCUUGCCAAUAAGGGUGAAACUGAAGAGGCUAUAAGAGUGUUGCGGAAAAUUUUCGUGUUCAACGGUGGAAACGAAAUAGAGUUUACGAUUGGACACCUAAAACAACCUGAGGCAGUAAAAUCCAAAGAGAAAUCAAUCUGGGAAUCAUUAAAUAAGCAAACUGUGCCUUUGUACCGACCUCCAUUGCUAUGGAGAACUUUACAGUUGUUCUAUCUACUGAUUAUUUGUUGUACAACGAAUAAUGUAUUUCUGAUGUGGUUUCCGACAAUGGUGAAUUUGUUCUUCAAUUCAGUGUCCGGUACCUCUGCGGAUAUAGGAUUCUGUGAAGCCGUUGUCCAAAAUAUUACGAUUGAUAACAAUGCAGAAAACUAUGUUUGCGACGAUUCUAUAUCUUUGAUGACGAUCUAUUCCGGGCUUGCUCUUGGAUUUUUCUUCACUAUUAUCAAUCUUUUGGCAUCGCAGUUGGCUUCAUCGAGACGUUUAGUGUUGAUCUGUUGCUACUUGGUGGCAGCACUGAGCUGUAUUUUCGUUGGCUUGUUGACAGAACCUGUUGCUACAAUGAUAUUCUUUAUUCUGAUACAAAUAACAGCUAUCGGUAUUGGUUCUGUAUCAUCAUAUUUCGUAGACUUGUAUCCUACAUCGAAUAGAGGUCUGGUGACGUGCCUCGCUAUGAUGGUGGCGCGGAUGACGUCAUUCACGGGUGUUAACCUUCUCGGCGCUGUCGUCGUUAGUAAUUGCAACCUUCUCUUCUACAGCUGGGCGGUUUUCGUAUUAAGUGGCGUUGUGGUUGCAUUAUGUCUACCGUCUGAUAGAAAUAAAGUUACCUAAAUUUAUUGUAAAUAGAGAAGAAUUUUAUAAUGAAUGUAAGAAUUUUUAAAUCUAA